AUGUUGACCACCUCCAAGGCUGAGUACAGUGAUUCUUGCAGUUUUCCAUCACGUGACAACUCAAAGCAAUAUACACGAGCUUCAGCACAUUCUUUUUAAGCUCUAGGAUACUUUUGAUUGGGUAAUCUAAUCACGUGACAUGAGCAACGUGCGUUCUGCACGUGAUAGCGAAACAGGAGAAUCGCGACCAGAGGAACGAGCUACCGUCAGAAAGGGAAGAUACGCCGGUCUUAUCUUCAUAGCUGGCACUUUCUUCCUCGGAAGCUGGCUUAUGCCACCAAUAGUUUUCAUCUCAAUGUGGGAGAGAAUCCUGUACACUUUGCGUUGUCAAGUAUUGUCAGUAGGAAUGCUUCUCGCGGGGGUAAUCGUUGUCAUGAUAACCAGAGCAAACACUACCGCCAUCAAUCCCCUGAGCGAGAGGGGGGAACAAUAUGUCAAGCUAGACAACAGGUAUCUGCAGAAUACACUUGAACAGUUAGUACUAAGUAUACUUACACAGUUAUUUCUAGCGACAUACCUGGAGGAUUUAUGGGUAAUUCCUGUUAUGACAUUUCUAUUCGUUCUUGGACGAAUAUCUUUCUGGAUUGGGUACAAAUGGAUGCCUCUUUACAGAUCGUUCGGUUUUAUGCUGACACUUGUUCCAACAACUUUCGCUUACGCAAUAACAUUGGGUGUGUUUUUAAGAAAUGGUGCGACACAUGGCUUUACGACAAUGACGUCUUCAAGGCAGGGACAAGAACAACAUUAUAAUCAACAACAACAACAACGGAACAUACAUUAUUGAAUAACAAGAUGUAUUUAGAAUAAAGAAUUUUCAAUUAUGAUUCUGUAAUCGUAUAUACAGGGUGACGCUAAAAUACAACCAUCAAUUUCUAUAUAGAUGUGUCAAUAAUGAUAGAAUCCUAAUCUCGUAAUUGCUUUUUAUGGGUUAUUCUAAAAGUGUUUUCUAAUGACACAACAUAGACAAAGUGAAUUUAAUCAUGGUUCAGUAUUACAAAUAAUUCUGUCCUUCGAUUGCUGUCUAAAGCAGGAGUGUUGAG